AUGAUAGCAGGAAUUUAUCAAAUACCGGAAAUUACUCCAUCGUUGUUAAUUGACCUACUUAACGAGCUAGGCGAUUUUAAUAGAAAAGUUGCCAUCACCAUAAAAAAUCUAUCUCCAAAUGUAAUUUUGGAGAAUCCUGAAGUUUAUAUUGACUCUGGAACAUCUAAUUAUGGUCUUCCCAUGAAUACACUAUCAGGUGAUGAAGGGUUGGUUUGGGGUGCCCGCAAGGUUUCUGGUUAUACCGGAGGGACUGUAGGAGUUCUUGUGUAUCAUAUCCAAGGUCGAAAUGAAAGUUUGGCCUUUAUGUGGUGCGUUCCAUUCAACUACGCUAUUUACUCAAAUUGGUGGAAUUUAAAGGUUUUUAAAGGUCGUGUCAGAGCUAACCAAGCUUUAUAUGAAAAGAUGUACACUGACCUCCCCCAUGAAGGAGAUAACAAUAUUUAUCGCGGAAUUUUAAAUUCCGACCUUUUAUACUCGGGAUCCAUGGGAAACUCCGGAACACCUACUAUUGAAGUUGAAAUCAUUAAUUAUUCAACUAUUAGUACAACUUCUUCUACUUCUGUUAGCGAGAAACAAAGUUAUUAG